ACCUCCUGGCUCCCGAAAGGAGACAAAGCCAGCCCAGCAUUGCACGGGACUCUUGCCUAACCAGUACCACCCCUUGCAGUGUGACACCAUUUCUGACAACCUUUGGGCUGUUCACACUCUCCCCACAAAGUUCUGAUGCUCCCACACCAUGCGCAACUUCCCGCACGUCCACUCACCUGGAAGCAGGUCAGCAAGGUCGCAGCAGUGUCCCCGAAAACAGGCAGCUUCUGCGAGCCACUGACACCACGGAGGUGUCACCUGGCACCGAGUGUGAGACAGAGACGCUCCAGCCACUGUUCCACACUUGCCCAUGUAAAAGCCAGGCUCGGUUUCCAGCUGGGCACUAUGCCAAGGGCUCAGGUGAGCCACAAAGUGCUUCCCAACAGCCUUGCAGCCGGACACCUCCUCGGCAUGGCUGGGAGGGCAGUGCAGCUGCCAUAGGGCUGCUUGCAGAACACAAAGGGCUAAGCGGCCUGGAAGGUCUCAAACCAUGUCCCCUUCAGGUAGACCGUGGUCCCUGAGCCUCUUGUUUCUUCUGGGGAUGGCAUCACAGGGGAUCAGCUGCCCCAGCAGGUGUAGCUGUCAGUACCUGGAGGUGAACUGCACCGGGCAGCAGUUGCAGGAGUUCCCUGUGGACAUCCCUCUGGACACCAGGCAGCUGAUUCUGGCAGCAAACAAUGUCUCGUACCUGCCGGCAGUGGAAUUGAGCUUCCUGGCUGAUUUGGUCUAUCUGGACUGUAGAAAGAACCUCUUGGGGGAUAACCUGGAUUUCACUUUCAUUGGCGUGGCCAAGCUUGUCUAUCUGGACCUCAGCUUCAACAGCCUCACACAGGUGACCUUCAGCACCUUCUCCCACCUCCUCAGCCUGGUGGUACUGAAGAUCUCGGACAAUCCCAACCUUGUGGCCAUCGAGAAGGAUGCUUUUGCCAACAACACCUGGCUAAGGCAGCUGGAUGUCAGCCGGACGGGCUUAACCUUCCUGGACACCAGCACCGUCCGGGACUUGCCCAACCUGAGGCUUCUGGGGCUCAGUGACAACCUGUGGCACUGCAACUGUUCCUUUUUGGACUUCAUCACCUGGAUGAUGGAGAGCGAUGUGCAUUUUCCAGAUGCUGACAACAUCACCUGCUACACCCCAGCAGGCCUGCGUGCCCUGAGGAUGCCAGCAGCAGAGGCACAGCUCCACCUCAGCUGCCUGACCCAGCUGUACAAGCAGGAUUAUGUCUUUCUGUGCCUCGUGGGCUUCUGCAUAUUCCUCGCUGGCACCAUGGCAGCCUGGCUGGCCGGCGUCUGUGCUGUCAUCUAUGAGUCCCAUGCCUCAAAGGGAGAGGAAGAGGAGGAGGAGGAGGAGGAGGAGGAAGACACAGCCACUUAGAAUCAACCCUUCUGAAUUCCCAUUGUGGGAACCAAAGGCAGGUCCUUCCUGCCUGAAUUCCCAUG